UCCUCAGUCCCAAGAAACCCAAAUCGCGACCCUCAGAAAUUCAGAGUCCCACAAAUUCUCGGUCACAAUUUUCACAACCCAAAAUGCAGCAGAGAUUUUGGUUGCCUUACUCCUCUCGGGUACCCGAAGAUCAAGCUUUUGCGACUGUCAGCGGCGGCGCACCUUCGCAGCAGCAGCAGCCACAGCUGAAGCACCACCACAACAGCACUCCAAGAGCCAGCGCGGAUGAACUCCCCGUCUACUACCCGCGAUCCAGCACGGGAAAGAAAGAGGGUUCUUCAAGAUCGGUGGAGAAGUGGGUCCAUGCCAUUCCGGUGAUCGUGUUCUUCUGCCUCUUCGUGCUCUGGUGGUUCUCCGUCUCAGUAAAAGUGGCGAGCAUUGACGGAAGAAUUACAUCUGUAGUCGAAACUGAGAUACCGCUCCUUCUCAAUGAGACUCGAAUUGAUAUUGCAAUCCUGGCAGCCUUGGCCAUGUCACCAGUCGCCACAGUUCCUCAGAAUCUCACGGUCAACAAUGCAACUGAAGUUCCAAGUGGUGAGCAAAACUGAAUGAUGACCAAUUUUCUUUUCACUACAGUAAAACAGCUUCACGAAUCUAUUUUUGUCAAUCUUGUAAACAACUUAGAACUGCGAUUCAUGCGAAGCUAGGAGAAGACGUUCAUAGAUGUAUCUGCUUGAUACGCUGAAUGCACUGGCAAGGAACUUGUCGUAGUUAGGCUUUACAGAGAUAACAACGGUGAAUAGUGUACUCGGUUCAAAUUUACAUAAAAAGUAAGAACAAUGAAUUUCCAA